AUGCUCAAAGCUGUAUUAAAGAACUUUGGGUCCUUAGUCAAUACAAAGAAAACAGUCAAAUCCCCUGCAAAAAAACUUGUAAACCCUUGGGAGCCAAAACCGUUACGUGAAAAGCCUUCUCAGUAACUUCAAAAUAGAGUCAAUGUUUACAGCCCAUCUAAAAUUCUUGAAUUUGAUGAAAGUGGAAGCCUCCUUGUGUACUCCUAUCAGCCUACAUUUAUGAAAACAAUGGGGAGGUUCUUAGGACGUCUCACUACAACAAUAGGAAGUUUUUUUCUUUUAGCAAAGAAUCCAUGGCCAUGUAAUUGUCAAAUAGAGUUAAUCAAGAGCCAUUGUGUUUGCCUGUGUUCUUAUUUUAUGGGGUGUAUAGUCUGUGGAGAAAUUGGGCGAUUUUGGCUCAUCAAUCAAUUACUAUCCAUGAAGUAAAGCUUAAUAGAGAUGGAAUUCAUAUAGAUAUUGGGUUUAAGAGAGAUUAUUUUAUUGCAUUAGGUCCUAAUUGCAGGAUCAUGCCUCUGGGUUUAAGAGAGAGAUUAGUAAUUAGUCUACAGGCAUUAUUUCAGGCCCUAGUCCUAGUUUAAACUAUUUUUCUUUUUUUGGGCUUAAGAAGAAAUUAUUUUAAAAACAUCAAAAAAUUUAAUGCUGCAUUCAACAUUUCUCUUGUUUCUGGUGCAAGCCAUUUGUGGAGUGUAAUAAUUGAUUGGCUUUUUUAUCGAAACUUUCCUCGUUAGGUAUAGUGCAAAAAAAACAAUAAAAUUCGAUCAGAUGAAAAAGUUAUGACCAAAAUUUCUGGAAUAUAUUCCAUUAAGUGUCAUUUAGCCUCUUAUUUCAUAAGUGCAAUAGAGGUGAUGGGUGGCUUACUUAAAUGGAGCUGGUUAUCCAAUCCCACUGACUCACCAUUAUGGUCGAAAUAAGUGCCAUGGAAUUUUAAAAUUAAUAAUUGCAGAUCGAGCCAAAUUUUGGCUUGAGCUUGUCUAUAAUGCCUAUUAGCAUUGAGAAAGCUGAUGAGCAACUCCAUAAAUGGCUAUUCCAGUUGUUCAGAGGUAGACUUAGGCUAGAUUCUAUCGUUUUAAUAAAAACUAGCCCAUAAGGGCGAGUCAGUGUGGUCGGAUUUCCGACCCCGACUAAUAUAAUCCCUCCUUCCUUACCUGGUUAUUUCACCUACUGCUAGAGAUUUCCCCUUUAGGGGGUUAGCUUAUCGAAAAAAAGUUUUUUUUCGACCAUCUACAUCUAUUAAUAAAGUGGCUACUGUCAAAAAGCCUUAUGGUUUUCUUUUCCCUUCUUCCUUCAGCUUUCGGCCAAGCCAAAAGAUGUCUCGUGCAAAAGCAUAAAAAUAUCCCAAUAUUGGGUAUUUAAGUUGGCUUGGAAGAAGAAGCAAAAAAUACUUUUAUACAAUGCCUAUUAACUUUUUAACUCCGCCUAUAAAAUACGAAGACUCUAUAAGGCUGAAAGACGAUUUAUUUCCUACUGAAGUAUCCUAUUUCGAAAUCCCUGACGAUGCCAAAAAUAAACCAUGGGUAAAAUAUUACCAAGAAGAAAGGCAUAGGCUCUACAUUCCAAAAGACUAUGAAUUUAUGGACAAAGAACUGAUGGUGCAAAUCAUGAAAGGGAAAUUUAUUAAUACCACAAAUAAGUAA